AUGACGCUGGCUAGCAACAAAAAAUACCCCGUGAUGAUGGUUCCGCGACGCCGACGCUGUGUGACGCUUGUUGCAGCUGUCUGUUUGCUGAAUUUGGUGAUUGUCAGUUUGGUGAGUGUAGGAACUCAGAUGGAUGCAAUGAAUGAUGUUACGGGCCUCAUCCGCGCCGCAUCGUCCUCGACAGAUCCGGACGAUUUCAUAAAGUCGUUCGAGCAGCAGAUGGAUACGUGGGACAUUUCGCAAGACUACGAGAAGCACUGGAAGUUCUCCGCUGCUUUCAACAAGCCGGUUGCAACCUUUGAUCCUUCAGACUAUAAAUCCGCUCGCGAAUCCCGCUUGUUGUACGACCCAAGAAUUACGAUGUCUGUGUACCUGAGCCACAUUCGCAGACAACUCUUAGAGCAGGGCGCCGGCGAUGCUGCCAAAGCUAGAAUAGCAGUUCCAUUUUCCUGGCAGGACUGGGUUGAUUUAUCGGUUUUGAAUCGGUAUCUGGAGUUACCAGAAGACCAGCGUCCGACAUGUGACGACAUUCUUCACCAGGGUCCAGCGUACAAUCCUGAACACAAAUUCAAGAACCCAAAUAGAAACAUAGACAGAGCCUGCGUUGAUAACGACAGAUACACGGGUCACACGAGCCGUGCUCUUCUGCCGGGUUUCAAUUUCAAAGAUCGCACGGGUAAAAAACCUUUCCGUGACAAGCUCAUACACGCCAAGUCAUACCUGCUAUCAUAUGCGCCCGUACCGACAUCUAUUGUUUUUCUGACGGAAAAAGGCUCAUACGAGGUGAGCAUUUCCGGAGAUUCCAACAUGCUGGAUAGUGGUUUAUUCGACGAGUUUGUUGAAUUGCAGGCUAACGAGACUGUUGUGGCAGAUGCUUCCAUGGAGUACGAGAUGCUGGUCAACUCUGUGUCCUCCUCGAAAAGCGGGCUCGACUUUGAUUCGGCAUUCACCGCAGAGCAGAAUUAUGAGUUUGUUAUUCCUCCUGACCGAUUUAAUUAUUCGUAUGACCAGAUCAUCGAGGACUAUGAAAAACGCAUCGAUGAGCUCGACGAAAAGCAACUACGUCACCUACAGACUCUCAAGUACUCCAGAUCCGUUCCUUCGAACAGGCUAAAAAAGUCAUUUAGAGAGGUGAACAUCAUUUGGCCGGCUACAUACAACGGCCACAAGGUGACCGAAAACGGAGGCCAUUAUGACUUCCGCUUUUUCAACGGCCUUGUGACAGAGUCCAAGCUCAACCAGUACGACGACGUGAACGAAAAGCGCAAAAUCAUACUUCACAGGAUUAUUCACACAUGGUUGCAAUUCACGUACAAGGAGGGUAUUGUGUCCUUCCUGGCUCACGGUACGCUUUUGAGUUGGUUCUGGAACGCACUAGUGUUUGAAUGGGAUAAUGACAUCGAUGUUCAGAUGCCGAUCAUGGAUUUCGAUCGCUUUUGCAUGAAGUACAACAACUCGCUUCUCGUCGAGGAUGUCCAGCACGGAUUCGGAAAAUACUACGUGGAUUGUGGAUCUUAUCCGACACACAGAACAAAAGGAAACGGCAGAAAUAAUAUCGAUGCGAGAUUCAUCGACGUGGACAGUGGCAUGUACAUUGAUAUUACCGGCCUGGCACUGACGGAUACGAACAAAUUACCUCCAAGGUUGGAGAGACUGGAUCGUGAAAGACAGGCCAAGAAAGAACAGGAAAAAGCCCAAGAUAAUCAACCAGCAGAGCCAACAGAAGGACUUACAGACACAGGUGUUUCUCAAAAGGUGAAGCGUGCUCCUGUCAGAUCAAACAGAGGUCCAGAGAGAUCCCCCGAAGCCUUGGAGAGAAAUCAAGAACUGCAGAUUUACAAUUGCAGAAACAACCAUUUCUACACGUAUUCCGAGCUGUCCCCACUGAGGCUGUCGAUGAUGGAAGGCUCUCCAUGCCUCAUUCCGCACGAUUUCGCUACAGUGCUCAAUUCGGAGUACAACGGAGGUCUUCGAAAAAAACAUUUCAACAACCACCUUUUUAUCGAUGAGUUGAGAUUCUGGGUUUCCUCAGCCACGCUCCAGCAACACGUGUAUGCGCUGAGUGGCAAGCAUGUUAAGAGCACGGCUCUGAGAAAGUUUUACAACUCCCACAAACUGCCAAUGCUCCUAAAGAUGCUAGGAACGGAUGAACUACUCAAGGAAUUCUAUCUUACUCACAAAACCACCAAGAAGCACAUGGAGGAAUUCAAGCUUAUGAAUGAGCUCUCAGACCCGCAGAAAAAGGAACGUUAUUACGGUCUCCUCGAAGAGUAUAAGCGUACUCAUCAUCCGAUGCGGAAAAGCUUAUACGGAUAUCUAUGGGAGGUUAUUGCUCUUGGCGGAUACCACCCUCAAGAAGACGCGGCUGUGUCUAAGAUGUCUGAGACGUCUGAGGAGCUGGAUAGAUUAGUUAUCACAGGAAAGAGUCAAUCCAAUGCAGGCGCUAGACGUAUCCAUAAAGUGGAAACUUAA